AAUAGAGAUGAGAGUAGUAAGAAAAGCAAAGCGCAUGCGCGUAAUCUGCCUCGGCUGGGCAAUGGGCAAAAGCGGCAGAACACGGUCACGCUUGCGUGGGUCUCCAUCGAUCCAAAUUGCUACGCGUUCAUAAGCGCAGGCCGCCACCACGGCGAUCUGCACCAUGCAACCCCCACCGAGAAAGAGUAACUAUACGAAGUUUCUCAAAAAUUUACACUCAGAGCAAAUCGCAAAGCUUCAUGCUAAGAACCAACAUGAAUGCGAUUUAUUGGAAGAUAUCCGCACAUAUACCAUCAAAAGAUCUGCCAUUGAGAAAUCAUAUUCCGAGGCGUUAUUAAAAAUAUCUUCCGCGUACCUUAAUAAGAAGAUUCCUAACAUACCUGAUAUAAAAGUGGACGGCGCUGAAGAAAAAUGGAAUAUGUGGAAUGUCUGGAGAACUGUUUUGGAAGAGAACGAAAAAUUGGCGCGAGCUCGCCUUGCUGCGGUGGAGGUGUUCCAACAACAGAUUGCAGAUGAAGCAAAACAGUUAAGACAACAUAAAAUUAAUGUUGCAAAAAAGAGCACAGAUCUACUUGCCCAAGCACACAAAGAGCUUCAACUGUCAGUACUCGAUGUGGAUAAGAACAAGAAGUUUUACUUUGAUGAAGAACAUACCGCUCAUGAUGUCAGAGACAAAGCUAAAGACAUAGAAGAGAAGUUAAAAAAGAAAAAGGGAUCCUUCUUCCAAUCAAUAACUUCAUUGCAAAAAAAUAGUGCAAAAGUGUCUUCUCGUCGCGAUCAACUUGAAGAGAAAUCUACAGGCGCUAGGAACGAUUAUCUUCUUAGCAUUUCUGCAGCUAAUGCACACCAGAAUCGUUACUUUUUGGUGGAACUACAAUCAUGCAUGCAAAGUAUGGAAGGAGCUGUGUAUGAAAAAGUAUCAGAGUUUUUAACUCUCAUGGGUCGAACUGAAUUGCUCACUUGUUCAGCCACUCAACAUUCUUUCGGAAAAAUUCGUGAUCAAGCUCAACAAUUAACCAGGGAGUAUAAUUUACAAUGUAUCUAUCUGUACUAUCCAGUUCUAAAGCAACAUAUUCAGUAUGACUUCGAGCCUUGCGAUAAUGAUCCAGUUGAUACGGUGACAAUGGAGCAUGAAACAGUUGCACAAACUUUGGCUCAGGAAGCCCGUCGUUGGGCCACUCGGGUUGUCCGAGAGACAUCUCUUGUCAGAGAUGCUACCCGAAAAUUGAAUUUAUACCAGGCAAUGCGAGAUGCUGGCCAAAAGGUUGAUCCUAAUGAUCCUAAUGGACCAGAAUUGGAUGUUCGUAUGGAUGAAUUGCGCACAAACAUUAGACGUUCGGAAACAUCAAAAGUUAAAUACGAAGCUCGAUUGGAAUGUUUACGAAACGGUGGAGCCCCAGUUGACGAAUGGCUGAAAGAAGUAGACCUAUUGGCAGUACAAGAAACUUUGCCACGUAGCAGUAGUUUAGUCAGUGUUCGCACUGAUGCAUCUGGAGCUGCCGAUCAGCCUAGUUCAGACUCAUUUUAUGACAGUGAUAAUACUGAAGGUGACGCAGCUACUUCCGCUGUCGCUACAACAUCUGGUCAUCAACGUACAACUUCUGAUUCACAACAUGAAGAUGAACAAGAUGACGAAGAAGACGCUGAACUAGAAGAAGAUCGCAUGCGUAUAGAACAAAUAACAGCUGGCUGGGACGACCCAACACAAGUGAAUUGGGGUGAAACAGAAACUGAAACCACUGCUCCAGCGGCUGAACCUGCAGAAGCUCCCGUUGCUCCACUCUAUAAGUGUACAGCUUUGUACUCAUACACUGCUCAAAAUCCUGAUGAACUAUCAAUUAUUGAAAGUGAACAGUUAGAAGUAGUCGGUGAAGGCGAUGGUGACGGUUGGCUUCGUGCACGUAAUUACCGAGGGGAAGAAGGAUAUGUACCCCAUAAUUAUCUGGACAUUGAUAGAGAACAGCCAUCGAGUACUCCAGGGCUUGUUACACAAAUUUCUUUUUCAUCUGUCGACUAUACUGUGGAGGGUGAGGAUGCUGAUGUCAUCCAGUCUCCUGACCAGAUCUCUGUGAUUUCGGCUCCAGUUGUCAAACCGGAAGAACCGAAAGUGGAACAACAAAGAGAUGAAGAACCGUCGGCGGAGUCAUUACCAACGCUAGGCUAUUGCUUUGCCCUUUAUGAUUAUGAUGCAGAGGCGUCUGAUGAAUUAAAUCUAGAAGAGGGACAGAUAAUUCGCAUUGUCUCUCGUGAGGCUCAUGAAGUGGACGAUGGUUGGUGGCGUGGUGAAGUAAACGGAGCUGUUGGAAACUUCCCAUCAUUGAUUGUUGAAGAAUGUGACGAGAAUGGCGAUCCACUAAGUGGAGCAGAUGAGGACUGGACUCCUCCCGACUCAGCGGCACCUGUAUUUGCGUCCCCACCCGGGUCUCCCGACAGCGAAUUAAACGAUGACCUGGUGAAUGAGAACAACAAUAUAAAAAGUGCUGCUCCACCUGCGGACCCGCCACCACCGCCACCGAUCGGAAUGGGCGACUCAAUGGACAGUCAACCAGACUUCAGCUUUAACCUAGAACUUAGUAGGAAUCAGCAUAACCAAUACGGUACUCAAUUCUCACCUCAACAACCCAUCGCGCCUUCAAUCAUCGUUGAUGAGGUUCUCAGUGAAAAUUUUGAGGACGAGGAAGAGGAGAUACCCCCCGCCCCGCAACCGAAACCGCUUCCGCCAAAAGUUGAACUUCCCACUGAAGAUUGCGGCCUCGGUGUGGCACAAAUAGUAAUCACUGCCGCCACCCCUAUGGUGGAAGAACCAGAACAACCUUUUCCACCUAAUGAACCUGAGCUACAACAACGGGAGCUGCCACAAGAAGAAGAGCGAGCUGAGGAAAAUGACGACGAGGAAUCUUCUCUAUCUGAACAGACAGCUGUGUGUCUUCGGGACACAGACGAGGGUCACGCAGACUCCGCUCCGCACCCAGCUUCAAGCUCGACAGCCUCAGAAGGCGAGUCCACUGGAGCCUCGGUAGCCUCAGGCCCUCCUACCGCUCCUCAUUCCCCACCUGCCGCACCCCGCGCCGGCCGCGCUUCUAUCCCUGACGAACUAGAACCCGCACAACUCGCGCGACUCACCGAUCUGAAGGAGUCCAACGCCUAAAAUAUUAUGCUUUUGUUACAAAUCAACUUUAUACUAGGUUUUCUACGUGAUUUCAAGAACGCAACGUCAGUCGCCUAGUAGACAACGGCCGUCUGGCAUACUACUAGUCCGGUGACUGAUAUUGUUGACAUCAAUUUCACUUUAUAUUUAUUGCUUUAACUGUAAAGACAGACUGCUUCGAAUAUCCCAUACGACCGUUUCUCACACUAGUUUUGUAUGAUAUCUUUUAGAGAUAGAUCUGACAAGCGUCUACUGAUAAGGUACCUACCUACUGUUAGGCGUUUCAAAGUACUUAUAUAUAGAAGGUAGUUAUUUUAAUUAAAAUAACUGUUUUGUAGAUAUUACUUCUACAUUUAUAAAGUAAUUGUACUUGCUUUUACCUAAUUGUUCUCAAAAGUUAUAGUAAUAUAUAUUCCACUGUAUUCGUUUUGACUGCUAGAACGACUAAAAUUUAAUAUUUCCUCAAUAAUGGAUGUACAAUUAACCUGUUCAAUUUAGAAAUUACAUUUAACGAAUAAAAUAAAAAUUCAAAUAUAUAAUGCUAGUACAUAUAUUAGAAAUAAGUGGAGCCUUGAUACCUAUCAAUCCGCCUUCUAUUGGUACCUAUCUAGGUGAAUAUGUUAAAAUUUAGACUUAUAUCGUUAAAUCUCUUUGGUUAAACAUUUGUUUAUUUAAGUGUUGAGAUAUCACACGAACACAUGCUUUAUUUAAAUUAUUAUCUAAUCCUUAAUAGAUAUUUUUGCAAGUGUAUUAAUAGUUUAUACUAUUUACUACUUACGUAUAAAGUAUAAAAUUAAAUGGUCAUGAAGUUAGCUGGAUAUUUCUUUACUUUAAAAUACCUUAAACCUUUGUGAAAUAUUACUCGUCUGGCAUAAGAAUAUUUUAGGUGAUUAGAAAAUGUAAAUGAUUAUUUUAAAUAUUUUUUACUACUUUGUAAUAAUUUGUUAUGUUUUUAUUUAUCGUUAAUACUUCAGUAUGGACCUAAACAGCUUAUUUUGCAUUUUGUAUGAAGUGGGAAACGGUCAAGAUAGUAAUGUAGGUUUGUAUAUAACUAGUUUUCUAAAAUGUAAUACGUACCUAAAUUUCCUCACAUGUUCAGGCUCGGUGAGAAAGCCUAGACAAUAGCCUUAAAAUUCUUAAGUAGAAUGAAAUUACAAAUCAUUGCUAAUUACCUGUAUACGUUUUGAGAUUCACUUUUAUAUAUUACCAGUAUCUUAUUACUUAAUAAUCGCUAAGUAUUGUGUCUCUUCGUUGUCUAUAUUUUAUUGUGGAUAUAUAUAUAUUACUUUUUAUCAAUUAUUUUAGAUCUAAAGUACAGAACAGUAUUAAGAUCCUUUAUGAAUAUUUUUAAAUAAAAGCAAUAGAUAUUUUAUAAUUAUUAUUUGAUACACAAUCACUACAACGAAAUAUCUUGGCAAUAGUUAAAGACAUCAAUUAGUUAAUUUUUAGAUAGUUUGAUCCCUAUAAAGUGUAACUGAGGUGGUUCAAAGAGUUGGUAAUACUCUACAUUUGCUUUGAAUAAUUGUGUAAACGUUUAUUACUUAUUCAAUUAUAAAGUUAUGAGAGAAAAUCCCAACUUUUGGUAUAAUUUUGAAAUAAGAUAAUAACGGGGCCUCAUGUACAUAAAGGUCUUAUUCUAAAGUAUUUACUUUUUUUACAAAACUAUUAUUUUCAUUCAUUUAGACAUAAAAGGCCUGCUGUACAAAAUGCUCUUUUAAUGCGUAUUGUAAUUAGUCUUGUUUUAAUUACUGUUCAUCUUUUUGAAAGCCUAAGCCACAAAAUCAUUAUUUCCUUCAUAACAUAAUAUGCAUUUUAUCAUGUACUUAAUACAUAUAUCUUCAUUAACUGACUGUCACUAAGACUUAUUUCAAAGUUUGCAGUAAAGUAGCUGUUGGUUGUUAGUUGUUAUGUAGAUUAUAUGUGUUAAAGUUAGUAAAAUUUUAAUGCUAGUUACAAUUAUAUCAGUAUUUUUUCAGUAUCUAAAUAAACAAUCAUAUUUAAAUCAGGUAUAAUUCAACAUUCGCACAUAAACUAUCGCAAAUAAAUGAAUUCACAUUAUACAUCUGCAUUUGAGACCAGCCACUAAGACGGUGUUGAUAAUGUUGCAGAUUUUUGUACUGAUAACUUUAAGUAUAUAAGAAUUUUAGUGAAAUUUCUACUGUUGUAUAACUAUAAAUGUCUAUAAUUCAAUACUUUAUUAAACGGAUUGAGCAAACUUGAUGCCAAAGAGAAGAUAAAUACUAUUAAAGAUAAAUAUCAGAAAUAGGCCGCUAACAGCAGGGGACCAGCUGAUUUUUAUACCAUAACAUCAUAUUGGAAGCAUUCUUGUAAUCUAAAAAAAUUACAUUGGUAAUCAAUGACAUCGUUUGUGGUAUUGAAUUUUAUUUUGUAAGAUAUUAAUGUUCUCAGGAUCUUAUUUACACAUAUUUCCAGGGCUAUUAAAGCCAGUAUAUUAGUGACGUUUAAUAAUCAGAGGACUGUAGCACUCUGUACAUUAUAUAAUUGUAUUAAAUUAAAAAAAAAUGUAUAUUCAGUGUUCGUUUGUAACACAUAAUAUGUUAUAUGUUGCAAUAUCCUUAACGUUUCCGUAUCACGUGUUGCUUUUCUUUAGAAGAACCAAUUAAUAUACUUAUUAGAAAAUAUUAGCCCGAGUGCUAAAAUUCAGCGGAAAAAAUUGAAUAAAGUAUAGAAAAUACGCACUCA